GGACCCAAUACCAUAAUCCUUUCCACUGAACCGAAUGCACGUUCUCAAAGUAGAGUGCAGAAAUGCAGGACAUUACGAUUAAUCUUACACGGCUCGGCAUUGGGACAGGAAAUUGGUUGACGGGUAUUUAAUUUCCGCACGGCUUCAGCACGCCCUAUCUACGAUCAGCAAAUAUUGGAAGCCAUAUCCGCCAACUCAGCCCGAACGGCAUCCUGGAACGCCUUCUCAUUAAGUAGCUCCCCGCGUUUUUUUUUUGAGGGGCAAGAUCCAAAUUAUGUUUCCUUUUUUGCAGUCUUUAAAAAGUCUCAGGGUCAAAGUGGAAGUAUCUUGUGGACCGUUUCGUGAGAACGUUACCUUCCACUCCGAGAAGAGGCUCCUGAUCCUCCAAAAAUCCCCAUUUUCAUACCGAAACGUGCUCUCGCUCGGAUAAAGCACGGAAGCUGAUGAAAUCUCAGCAGCUUCCUCGUGGGAACUGAACGAAUUAUUAAACGCAGAGGCUGGAUGCUGGAAAAAGUACACAAACGCAACACAAGCUAGCCCCGAUGUGAUCAACCCUUGACCCUCCGGGCGCAUCAGUGCGGGCGAGCUUCCAUUCCUGACGGUGGUGCCUUCGGGGCAUCCGAUGAUGACUUCUGCGCAGUGGCAGGCAACAGUCGAAGCCGAUGAUUGGUGCAGCAAGGGGACGGCACGCGUUCGUGUUUGAGGGUUUUUUUAUGGGAAGCGAGCACAAAACCCACGGAUGGAUUGGAUGGAUGGAAAGAUGGAAGAAGCACGGUAAAGCAACAUCGAGAAGGACCAGCAGUACGUACAGUAGAAAAAAAGAGCUUACAAUCGCGGUUCGCUUCGUUUGCACCUCGGGGCCCGGAUCCGAACCCGAAGAAAAGCCCGACGAACGAAAGAAGCCUCGCACUCGGAGCGGUAUAAAAAGGCACCAUAGGUCGGACGAGUCAGAUCAGUUCUUGAACGUCAGUCCUUCUUCACGGCAGCAAAGCGAAAAGAGAUAGUGAAACCAGCGUUACACCAUGAGUGCGGCAGACGUGUUCAGCUACCAGCACAGCUUUCCAUCGUACUACGGUCAACAGUUUGGUUUGGGAAGUGCCGGAUCGUCGUUCGAGCAAAACAGACUCGACAGUUACUACAAUGGCUACAGUGCCUAUCCGGCACCGAGCGGCAACAGUACCGAGUCUUUCGAGCCGGUGACAAGCAGUGACAGCUUCCUUCAGCAAGAACAACUCUUUUCCAUCUGCACUGACACCAGCAGUAGUGGCAAGGGAAGUCCGCUAGCACUGGCCGACCCUCAGAGUCUGCAACUACUGCAAAGCCUAACGUCCGAUGAUAGCAGCGGCAGUAGUUGUAGUAGUAGCAGCAGUAGUGCCGGUUCGGAAUGUGACAUCCCUGUGACGGUUGCGGUUGCCCCGGCAAAGAGCAAGUCCAAGCGGGGCAGCGGUGUGCCGACGGUUGUGCGGAAGAAGCGUCGUCUGGCGGCCAAUGCACGCGAACGGAAGCGCAUGAAGGGGCUGAACGAGGCGUUCGAUCGAUUGCGCCAGUAUCUGCCGUCGUUGGGAAAUGAUCGGCAGCUGUCCAAGCACGAAACACUACAAAUGGCCCAAUCUUACAUCAGUGCGCUGGCGGAACUGUUGGAUUAGCCGCCGUUUGCAGUUGGAACGAUGGCAGAUGCUCCAGAGUGUGUUUUUGCCCAUCUGAAGGAUGCAAUAGUUAAUUUAUUUAUGUUUAUUUAUGCGUCGCGU